AUGCCACCUCCAAACUCCGUCACUUCUCCUGCUGUGCCCUCCUUCCCCAUGGACAACAGGACCUCAUCCAUCAACUUCCAUUUUCCUUGGCUGGCAGGUGCUAUUGCUCCUGUGAGUGAUAGCCAUGAGCUAGGUGUCACAUCAGUCCGCAGUCAGCAGUCGACGGCAUAUACCAAGUCCACUGCUCCACCGGGUUUGAAGUGGCUUUGCCCUGCAACGAAAUGCAAGAGGCUCUUCACCCGUCAAGGCGAUCUCAUGAACCAUCUCAAGGCCAAACAUGAGGACAGCGCACUAGACUUGUUUCUGGAGAAUCGAAAUGCCUACCUUCGACCUAAGGGUGAUGGCGGUCUUUCGGGUCGAGGUACACAUCAGAACAGCCAAAUUGGCGCGGCAGAGCUGGAAAACACAUAUCUGACCUCUGUCCAAUUCCCAAUCACCUCGACUUCCAACCUGCACACUGCAGCCCAGAACGUCGUGGUAAUUCCUUCGUAUGCAGAUACUUGUAUGUUCGACAUCACGAACGGCGUGGGCCUAGCCAUGCCAAUCGCCAUGCCAAGCCCCAACAACAUCUACUCGGUCGACCGAGUGGAAUGGGCUAUGCAGACCGUGGUACCAGACCUCGACGACAAUCAACUUGCUGACCGGGUGGGGUGGGCCAUGCCACUCGUUGUAGCAGACCACGUGGACAUCCAGGUUGUCGGCAACACCCAAUUCAGGCCAGGUCAUUGGGUGUGAACACCACUGCGUUCCCAGCCCCGGCUCGUUUGCUCCCCUAUUCGGGUUCUCAGCAUCUAUGUACCCAACCCGUACAUGGCAUGGCAUGGCAAGGAGGAGGGACCCUGCCGCAGGCGGAUCUUUCACAAUACCACUCUCAGAGGAUUGUGUCAGAGCACAGACAUUCAAGCGCCUUCGUAUUCCUGUGCGCAACGGGUUUGAAUUUCAUUGCUUGUUCUUGGCUUACCUGGACAUCGUUUGGCCGAUACUCGGGUAUCCGCUCUGCACAUACUGCAGUACAAUUUCCUUACAAUGCGCUUGUCUCCCCCCUUUUUUCUUGCGCUCAUGUAGUGUCGCGGACAAUCAGCAAUAUUCUGGAUCGGAGCGAAACGGAUAUGAUAUGUAUGUGGGCUGGUUUGAGUAUUACUGAGAUGUCUGUACCUAAAACACUUGCGCAUUCAAGAUGCAUUUGAACCACAGGUGACUUUCCGAGCUACUGUUGAUAUCGCAAGCUGAUGCCUGGAUAUCGACGUAUGUACCUACUAGCACUUAG